UUUUUUGGAGGGGACAUCUGAGGUCACAGGAUGAUAGAUAAAACGGGCAAUCCCUCAGUGAGGAGAGUCGGAAGUUCUCCUGAGCAGAAGCCCGGCAGGACUUCUCUCCAUCGUCAUGGAUAGGCUGGCCUUCUGCUGCCUGCUCUUCGUGGGACUCCUGAACCCACUCCUGUCCCUUCCCGUCCCUGACACUGGGGAGAAGGCUCCUCAGCUUCCAGUGCUUGAAGAAGAUGCUCGGCUGGCUCUGGAGGAGCUGGAGAGGGUUGCCCUCCUGCAGACGCUGCGACAGACAAUGGGCACAGAGGCAGGUGGAGGCCUCAGAGAAGCAGAUCCCAGUGAUGAUACUCCCACCCCAAGGGGAAGCUUGAGAAAGGCCUUCUCUGGACAAGAUUCUAACACCGUACUGAGUCGUCUUCUGGCAAGAACCAGGAAACAACAUAAGCAACAUGGGACUGUCUCAGAGUGCUUCUGGAAAUACUGCAUUUGAAGAGAUAUGAGCAUCAAUUCAUCUCAUCAGAACCACCACUUUAGAAAACUAAAAAAGGAAGAUGCCUGAAGAAAAAUCAGGCUAACUACCCCAUUUCUUCAUUAUUACGAGAAAUAAAUCCUCUGUUUCGCAAGUAUCACACGUGGUCAAGUUUACUUAAAUAUACGUCCUGAAAAUCUAUAACCUGUCU